AUGGACCCAGCGGCGGAAGUCGCACCCAAUCGGCUUUGGAAGCAUCUCAACAAAAAACUCGCCCACUUCGGAUACUCUCUCACCCACUACCCUGUACGAUUCGUCUUUCCGGGCGAAGAGACGAAGGGCAAGACCAAUACUACCAGCCAGGGCCUCAAAGGCGUGUCUGUGGGACAUCUCCGAAUCUGCUAUGACGCUGUAACCGCCCCCAAUGGGAAACUUGUCCUGGAGCCUGCGGACACCGAGGAUUUGUUAAAUUCACGUAAAGCGAUCAUCAUCACGGCGCCGCCAAUGUUGACCGGAGAUCAGAUGGAUAACCUCAAGACUCACGACUCCUACGUUUUGGGCGACUGGCCUGUCCCCGCUGGACGUCGGUUUUUCCUCGAUCAGAGUGUCGACUGCAAGGGGCCCCCCGCGGUGCUUGUCAACGAUAUCGCCUCUGCGACAUUCGUGCAUGGGGCGCACCUCAAACGGCCCAAAGCCAAAGUCGCUUCCAAGGCGCCCUCCGACUCUUCCUCCAACGCCGCCGACUCACGGUCUGCAACCCCCUGUAUCGUGUUAUCGGAAUCUGACGACGAAACGACCCCGCGAGCCAAGGGCAAAGCGCCUGCGCACAAGAAAGGCAAGAAAACCGACCGUUCAAAAACGGACGACAUGAUUUUGAAGCACUCGCCUAUGAAGAAGACGAAAACGGACGAACCUCCGUCGGUUCGCUCGGGGCCACUCAUGCCAUUGAUCGACGGGGAUCGGCCGACAAUCGCGACUCGCCCCGCCUCGCCUGCGCCUCAUCAACCCUUCUUGGCUGGCGCCCAUUCGCAAUCGGUGCCGACGUCCACCAUGGGCUCAUCCUCGUUCCAACCCACGGCGUUGGCUCGUGCUUCGGGCCCCCAGGUGUUCCCCCUAUCCGGCGCCCCUCCUUCUGCUGUUCCUCCCGCUGGCAUCAAUCCAGACCUGGCGGGCUUCUUGCAUUUUAAAGGUGAGCCGACCUUCUCUAAACGCAUUGCCCUCGGUCAGCCGACCCAACCAGUCCAUGGCAGUCCCGGCGUUACCCCGACUAGGGUGGCCUGGCUUCUAUUCCUGUCCCCCGACCUAAUGCGACAAGAGCCGCGCGCCAUUGGCAAUAAAGGUCAGUUCACCGUCCGACUUCUCUCAAUCGCUGUCGGCCGACCUAAUGAAGGUAUGCCUCACUAUGCAUUACUCGCGAAUGGGGAUUCGUGGUUGUGA